AUGCUUGAUAAACUUGUGGCAGGACUUGUGACAACUCACUUGGGUAAGUACUUUGAAAACGUCAAUAAGGAACAGGUGAGGGUUUCACUCUGGAGUGGACAUGUGCGAUUGAGAAACUUAAGUUUCCGCAAAGAUGCCCUCCGUGCUUGGGAUACCGCCAUUUGUGUGAAGGAAGGCUCUAUUGAGGAGUUGACAGUUGUCAUUCCCUGGACGCGGUUGCAGUCGGAAUGUGUGGUGGUGGUGGUAAAGAAAGUUCGAGUGGUGCUUCAGCAAAAGACAGCGGCAGGAUAUGAUCCUGAACGGGAGAAACAAGAGGCCUAUGAACGUAAAGUGCAUCAACUGAAUAUUUUUGAAGAACUUCUUAGUCGUGAAAUGUAUGAAAAUGAAGGACAUAUCACGACUAGUAGAACAACUCAUGAGGAAGUCCAUACAGAAGAAAUGGAAGGAGAAAACUAUGUAGAAGCUCAGAAAGAUGCAACAUUCUCUGCUCGUUUAAAAGCAAAUAUACUUAAUAAUGUUCAAUUAAAAUUGGAAGAUGUUAUUAUAAGAUAUGAUGGAUGUCAUUCCUUUGGAAGAAAUCUUGAAAAGGGUAAAUAUCCAUCUGUAGGAAUUGAUUAUCAUUCUAUUUCACUUGUUUUGAGUCAUUUUCGUACGUAUGCAUGUAAUGAAAAUUUUGAACCCCACUUUACUGCGACAAGGGAACGUAUACUCUAUAAGAAGGUGGAAUUAGAAGGGAUGCGAGUUUUUCUAAAUGAUGAAGUUAUCCCUGUGGAAGAAAUGAAUGCUUCCCAAGGUAAUUAUGAUAACCUCAGUUCUAGUAACCAUAAUAAUAAUAAUAAUGAGAGUUUACAAUUUAAAGAAUUACCUUUUCUUAAAAUUUCUGAGUUAUCAAAGCAGUCUGUUUCUUCUUUACGAAAACCAAUCCAUACAAGUUGUCAUUGUAUGGUGUUUCCUUUUUCUGCAGUAGCACGUGUUCAAUAUCAACCGGUACCUUUCCGAGGAGAACUUCCCAUGACUGGUAUUGAUGUAAACAUGAACCAUUUACGUGCUACCGUUAAUCGUGAACAGUGGUUAGUAUUACUUUCAUUAUGGCGUGAAAUACGUAAUGGUGAGGAAUAUGAUGUAUUACGACAAUUUCGUCCAUCUGGUAAUGAGAAAUUAAGACCUACUGAUAAUCCACGCUCUUGGUGGCAAUAUGCUAUUCAAGUCACAUUAUAUCGUAUUCGUAAAAGUCGAGAACGUCGUGUAUUUGUAUGGGAAACGUAUAAAUGGCUUAAAGCAGCAAGAGAAGAAUAUAUGAUGUUAUUUCGACGUAGUAGACGUGGAAAGUUAGGUGCAAAUUGGCUUACUGCCUUAACAGAGAAAGAGACUAUGCGAUUACGUGAACUAGAGAUGGAUCUACCUAUAGAUUCUAUUAAGUUUGCACGACGUCUUGCCUAUCAACGGACACAAUUGGAACGAAAGAACCGUGAUGCUGUCUUGGAGAAACGGCGUUUACAACAACAACAACAACAACAGCAAGAAGAAGAAAAAGAAGGAGAGGAAAAAAGGGAAAAGAUGUUGGAAAGAAUCUCUACUUCUUCCCUCAUUACGGAAAGUAAUGGAUCUUUAGUAAGAAAGGAAUCAUCUGGAUGGUGGAGUUGGAUGACAUCUUCAUGGACUCGUCGCCCACAAGGGGAAAACUCUACUAGAGAUGAUGAGGACAGUCCUGAUAUCUCUGCAGAGAUUGAAGAAAUGUUGCAACUUGUACAUGCAGAACGGUGGACAGCCGCACAACGUUUGGCGAUUGCAAAGGAAUUUGGUAUUUCAGAACGCGAAAUGGAAGAUCUUUCAGAUACAGGCGGGAUCUCAACAAGAGCCCCUGAUGGAUUACAGUGGCAGUUACGAUUUCAUGCCAGUGCUCUGCAGUUAACACUGUGUGAAAGUAUGGAGUCCUGUAUACCAUUCGGUACAUUAGCCAUGGAACAACUCUCUGUUGCUUUUGUGUACACUACGAAUCGAUGUUUCGAUCUCACUCUUAACGCAGAGGAUUAUCUUGUCCUCUCACACCUUGCAGAACAACAACAACAAGAAGAAGAAGAAAAAGAAAAGGAAAAAGAAGAAAGGCAACAAUGCGCAUUGAGUGUUAUUCGGGUUGCGAGAGAACGAUUUGAUGAUAAAACGGAGCCGGCAGUUUCUGUUGUCUGGCGGCGUCUCCGACCGUGUGGUUGGACCGAUAGUGAUUCACACGCCGUCCCGUAUGAAUUGCGAUUGAAGUGGAAUCCACUGGAUUGUAUUAUAAAUGUGCCGUUUCUAAAGGCCUGCGUAGACUUUAUCUAUACACCAACAACAACAACAACAACAACAACAACAACAAUGAGAAGAGAAGGAAGAGUACAAACCUCAUCAUCAUCAUCUUCUUCUUCAAUGAGGGCGUUAGUUCCCACAGGUGAGAGACGACGUACAUUGUUAAUGUUAAUAGUGGAGCGGGAGAUAUUAUGUGAUUGGAGUAUUUGUGUAUACGGUCUCCGUUUAGUAGCAGCAGAGGAUGUACGGCAAGCCACACGUAUUGCAUUGCGCUCUUUGGAAGUACGUAAUGAUCCAAAAAAGAAACUAGAGAAACGACGACGUAUUCAAGAGUUUAGUAAGAUUAUAUCAAACCCAUCUAAUGUGUUUGGGGAUGAUAAAGAAGAUUGGGUAAAUAAUGUACAUGCCACUGUUAAAGGAGCCACCGUCGAGUGUUAUUUGAUCUCUCAAACAGAUGAGAAUAACUCAAAUAUUGUUUCUUCCACUAAUGUUGCUAUUGGUAGUGUUGAUUGUGAUAAUGGGAAUGAUAUAAAUACGCAUAUACAGAGGGAAUGUAUUGCUACUCUACCUUAUUUAUCCAUGCAGUUUCAGAAAAGUCUCAUGAUGAAUCGUAGUCCAGAUAUUCCAUUACUCUCAACAUCUCUUAAAAUGAGAGAACCACUCCAAUUUCAUUGUUCACGUUGGAGUCUUUCUGUAUUGUGUACUUCUUUCUCAUUAAUCUCUGACUUUUGUCAAACCAUGUUACAACGUUCUGCAAUGAGUGUAGAAGCAAGAAGAAAAACAAUGAAAAAUUGUUUAACGACAUCUUCUACUUCUUCUGAGAACCUUAUUUUUUAUGCUCAACUUUCUGCAGUGGAUAAAAGAUAUUUUUCUGAGCAUGAAACCUCUGCAAAAUUGGCAUAUGAACAACAUUGCCGCCAUGAAGCUAAUUGUUUAGAUGACUCCAACGCCUUUUAUCGUAUGGAAGUAUCGAAUGGGAAAUUAAUCAUUUUUCACGCCGCUCGUUCUUCAUUUCCCAGUCAUUUAAUAGAACUACAUCGAGGACAUCUACACAUUGUAAGAGAUGGGGCAGAAGUAAGUCUUUUUGUAGAGUCUGGUGGUCUACCGCAUGAAUAUCGUAAAGGUUUAUGGGAAGCUAGGAAAGUUCUCUUUGACAAACACAAAUUUCCAAUAUUGGAAAGUAUGAUAUUGCUGGAAUCUCUUAUUCUUCAAUGGUGUCAAGAUCAAAAAGAUCAUAUAAAAGAAAUAGAAGAAGUGAAAAAAGCAUUUCACAUUCUACAAUCUGCCUCUCACACACAACCAUGUCAUUAUAUUUCUUUAAAAUGUAUGAACUCGGAAGAGGCACAAUACUUUGCUGAAGCGCUUGAGACUCAUGCAAUAGAGGAUCAUGUCUUUGCAAUUCCAGCUGAUCCAACUAAAGAAGAAGAGGAAAGAGAAGAAGAAAAAGAAGAAGAACCAUGUCAAUUUGUACUUGAUAUAACUAUACCAAAGUGUACAUUAUUUCUUCAUGAAGAAAAUAUAAGGAAUUCUGCUGGCAGUAAUGAUGGAGAUGGGAUAAUGACAGUUUAUGAAGUUAACAUUGCGGGAACUAAACUCUCUUACGAACAGCAAAAGAAUGAAAAGAUAGUAAACCUCAACGCAUCUGGUAUUUCAGUAUUAACACAGGGUAAUACCGUAAGCGUAUUGGAUUUAGUUGAAUCCUCUGAAAGUUAUUCAGUAUUGAAUGCUUCUCUUCAAUUAAUAAAUCGUCCAUAUCCUCAUCCGGCUCGUAAAUAUAUAAAUAUUAGGAUAUCCAAUACAGUUAAACUUUCCUUUUCAAGUGAAUUUCUUGCUGUAAUGGAAUUCCUUUGGGAUCUUACCGGAAUAUUAACAAAUCAAGUAUUUAAUCAUACUGUAUAUUGUUCAGUACCGUGGAGUAUGGAACCUGCGGUAUUGGUGGAAGAAAAAUGGCGACAUGAUCGAAGAGGAGGACUUCUUCAACGACAUCUUAUGUCUAUUUCUUUAGAUCAUUUGAUUUUAUCUCUUUAUUACCCAUCAGAUAAGUUUGAGUUGGCAAUAGAAGAAAAAAAAGAAGAAAAUGAGAAAGUACUAUUAAAUGAUAAAAAUACUUCUAAAGAUUUUGUGAAUGCGGUGAAAAAUGGAGAUGAACCUAUGGCAGUGAUGGAGGGAUCAAAUAUUCAUAUUUCUUGGAACAAUACAGAAGGCUGUAACGCUACGCAAUUUACAGUUCAUUACCCUCAAAUGACGAUGAAACAUCUCAUUUCUGGUGAAUCUCUAAAAGUAGUCCAUUCGAACUCUAGAAAUGCUGAAGAAACCGUAGAAGAAAAUAAUAACAAUAAUAAUAAUAAUAAUAAUAAUAACACCUCAUGUCCGAAUAUCUCUCUUUCUUUUACAAUUCAACGUGAAUUACCGAUUUUGUCAAAUUCUGAUUUUAUUGCGAAUGGAGGACCUUAUGGAUAUCGCUAUACACACUUUCUUGCCCUUUCUGGUUCGCACUUUAAUGCGCUUUAUUGGAAUUCACAAUUGUGGGAUCUUAUGGAGAUAUGCUCACGUGGUGUUAUCUCCCGUGCGGCAGCCAUUGGAUGGAGAAAACCAUACUUGGCUGGUAGUAAAGUCCAACGUUGGCCUUAUCCUGUUGAUAGUAUACAUAUUCCACUGCCCUUUACAUGGUGUUUACUACACAAGGAUGUUCAACUCUCAGAUAUUCACCUCACACUUCCUCACAAGGAUGCGCAUUUACCAUCGGUGUUGUGGGGGAAAGUUAAACAAUUGAGUUUUUAUGAUAUACUGCAUAAAUACGGGGAACAACAACAACAACAGCAGCAACAGCAACAGCAACAACCAGAAGGAUCUAAUUUAGAAUUCAUUAUUAAACAAACCUCAAGAAUGGAAAUAAAAGAAUUUGAACUUUUAGGUAUUCGGGAACAAAAGAAAUCUCCAACAUCUUCUACUUCUUUAAUGAAGAUGAUAAAACUUUUAAAUGGGGAAAAUAUUAUUCUGGAUUUUUCCUAUGAACUCUUUCGUGUUGGUGGAUGGAAACAUGUACGCCCUCGAGUUUUUAGUAUAAAAAUCUCUGAUUCUACGGUAUUUCAUGGAACUACAAAUCAAUUUGCCCUUUUAAUAGAUUGGUUGUAUGGAAAUUAUAUGAAAACUCCAUGGAAAGGUCAUUUUGCCCCUAAAAAGAUUCCUCUCGAUCCUUUUAUGUUUCCAAAAUAUAAUCAAAUUAUGGAAUCUACUUCUUGGAUAGUGGAGGUUGAUUAUAUAUGUAUUCGCCUACAUGAUAGACCCAAGUCUUAUCAUUGUGUAGAAAAAGAAUCAUCCUUUUUAAAUUAUAUUCGUAUGGGUAUUGAUCUUAGUAUCGUUGUGGAAGAUCUUUCUAUGGAAUUUAACUGGGAUCCAAGUGGGAGUUUCUUUUCUCGAUAUGAUAUUGGUGAAAUCUCUAUAUGGGAACUGGAUUCAAACGCAAAAAAACGUUUGACGUUCUGUCGUCACCCUAGUGAAGCUGUACAUGAAUCUUUUCGAUUUCUAUGGAUUCAUCAUAAAGAGAUUUCAAAUUCUUUCACACAUGAAAACGAGGAAGGAAACAUAAACAACAACAAUAAUAAUAAUAAUAGUGAUAAUAAUAAUAAUAUGGAUAACAACAAUAAGAACAAUAGGGCAAAGAGACCAGUGGCACUAAAAGCCGUUUAUAGUGUGAAAUGUGAAGGAGGAGAGAAAAAAGUCUCUAGUAGUAUAACGAUUAAUAUUUUAGAUAUAACUCCUGUUCCUUCCUUUUUAUAUAAUUUAAAGGAUUCUCUCUUUAGUCUGCGUGUGCGAAAUGCAUUUGGUAAUAUUCUUCGCUGGGAAUCUCGUGUCGCUGGUGUAUGGAUGGAUCCACCAAUAACUCUAGAAAGUCAGGAGUGGUGUACAAACCAUCAAGUUUUCCUUGAAUUACUAAAUAUCACAAUAUCAAAAGUUUCUCAUCAUCAUCAUCAUCAUCGUCAACAUUUAAUACCAUUGUUUUUCACUUCCAUUGUGAAUAUACAGUUUAGAAAUACAUCAGAAAAAUAUGGUUUAAAUCAUGAAUGGUCUUUUUCUAUGGAUAAAAUUGAUAAGAAUGGAAUUGUUAUGACUCCAGACUUCUCAGAAGGUGGGAUAAAGUUAAGACCUGUCAUUUUAUCAAAUUACUGGCAACAACAACAAGAAGAAGAAGAAGAAAUAUAUAAAGAGAAUAAAAAAUUAUUUCAGAUUACAAAAACAACAUCUGGUGGAUUUGUUGGAAAUCUUGAUUCAAUUUGGAUUUUACUUCCACCCAAGAAAGAAAUAUAUGCUUUAUCUGAAGUGUUUGUAAAAGAUGGAUAUGCACAACUUUCUUGGUUAGGAACAUUUUUAGAAGAACGAAGAGCAUGGCGAAUGGGUACCCUUUGUAGUAAAAAAAGAAAUAACGAAAAUAAAAAUGAAGAAGAAGUUCCUCAUACCUUCUCUGUGAAUUUCACUAUAAAAGAACCUUCUGUAGUGGUAGUAGGAAUGGGAACAGAAGAAGAUUCUAUUGUGAAUGGUUAUUUAAAUCUUGAAAAUGGUGUUAUCUACAGUUUAGGGGAUAUUACAGUAAAUAGAAGAGGUGAAACAGCUAAAGAUGAUUUUCAUAUUUCCCUUAAUGGUGUAAGUGUGCGGUCUUUACAAGAUGAUUCCCAAUAUGUAAUGAACCCUAUUGAAGUUACUCUAUCUAUUUAUACUCUUUUAAAUGGAGGAUGGGAAGUGAAAGUACGAUUUGGAAGGAUUGCUAUUAAUGUUACUCAGUCUAUUUAUGAAUUAAUUCUACAUAGUCUGGGUCGACACUUUGUCUCUAUGGAAACAGAAAUUCCAGAAUCUUUUACAGGCGAAAUGGAGAAAUUUACAUCUUCACAUCAUGCCAUUCUUCCUUUAGGGGAUCCAGGAGAAGUAGAAGAGAAUACACUUCUUGUUCUUCAUCAUGAAGGGAAAAAAUCCACUGAAAAAGAAAAUGAAAGAGAAGAAAGAGAAGAAAAAGAAGAAGAAGGAAGUAGUGGUAGUGGUGGAUUAAAAGUAUGGAUAGAAUGGGAAUCUUUUACAUUACGUGUAUUAAGAGAAACGGUUGCUUUUUUUAUUGCGACCGGUCAAAUGUCUGCAUUUUAUGAUAUUUUAACCCCCCAACAAGAGCAAAGAGAUGAUGAGAUGAUAAGAAGGAAAAUACAUAUAAGUUUAACCUUUAUUCGAUUAGGUGUAGAGAAUGGAAUACAUCUUGUGGAUCUCCAACCACUCUCCUCUUCCUCUUCCACUACAAAUACGGAAGAAGAAAAAGAAAAAGAAAAAGAAAAAAACACUUUUUCCUCUACAUUGAAAGAACCAUGUCUUUUCUUUUAUUUAGAUGCCUGUGAUAAGGAGGAAGUAAUUCAUGUGAAUAUUGGGAAAUGUGUGGUGUUUUUGGAAAAUGAAACCAUGAUCUUAUUACUAUCGACAUUGUAUGAACCUUAUCGUCGUAUUGUAUUACCAGAGUAUAGAGUUCAUGAAAUAAAAUAUAUUGAUAGUGAUGUGAAAUUACAGGAACGACUUGUUUUAUCAAAAUAUAGAAAGUUGAAAGUAGUUCGAGGUGAAUAUAAUCAUAUUACUAUAGAUGGUAAUAAUUGUGAAAUUCACUUUAUUGAUGCUGGUUCACCUAUUCUUUCACUUGGAGAAGGAUUAACAUUACGUAUUAUUAAUGCUCAUAUCUAUUUAUAUGGUAAAGCUAUUGAAUAUUAUAUGGUUACUGGAAAUGGAUCUUAUGUUGUGGCAGACCCUAAAUAUAAUACUAUUAUUCACGAUAUAAAUCCUCCAUUAACUGAUUUUAAUAGUAUUAGUAGUGAACCUCAACUAAGUACUCAAGAAUCUGAAAGUUGUGGAAAUUAUUAUUAUUAUUAUCAUUAUCAUUAUCAUUCUCUUCAAAAUACACAAUCGCCUGCUGCUCUUGUUGGUAGUAAUAGUAGUAUUUCUGGAGGAAAUAGUGAUCAUCCUAUUCCAUUACCACUUGAGUUACCUAUAUCUCGUACUACUACCAAUGAUGUCUCUCGUCGUAUAUUAGGAAAAGCUAUUUUACAAUUAACACUUCCUGAAGUAAAAGAUAAAUCUGAAAUACAGCGUUCUCAAAGUUCUUUACAUCUCACUCAACCUUCACGUUCUUUAGUAUUACAAGCUACUAUGUCUGGAUGUGUAGAAAUGAAUAGAAGUGGAGGUUGUAUAGAUGAAACAAGUACAUUUGAUCUCAGUGAAUUCUCUAUACGUUGUGAAUAUUUAGAUAUGAAUGGUAUAGUAGUAGAUACAACUUCCUUAGUAUCGGAAUGGACUGUAUCUGUACAUAUGAAAAAGGUACAGGACCAAUUACGAAGUCCAUUACAACGAUGUAUUGAAAUAUCAUGUUUACGAGGAGUUGAAAUUCGUCUUCGUUGUGGAGAUAUUUCUUUCUGUUGGUGUGCGGUAUUACAAGCAAGAGAGGCAUUAGGUCAUAUUGAGAGUAAUGUAUUAGAUGAUUUCUCAUCUGCAAGAGAGUUUUCACCAUCUCUCUCUACACCUUAUCAUAUGGAAUUAGGUGAAAAGAAUAUAUUAUCGGAAGAGGGAGAAACCAUGAUGGUAUUUCAUUUACGAUAUCUUAGUAUAGAUAUAGUGGAUGAUAGUACUAAUGUAGAUAUUCCUCUUUUUCGUUGUCGUAUUGAAAAUAUUUCUACACCAAAAGCUAUUAAAAAAGGAAUGGCUCUUAAAUUACAUAUUUCAUGUGAUUGGAGUAUUAUAUAUUAUAAUUUUACAUCUUCCUCUUGGUGUCCUUUACUGGAACCUGUUUCUCUGGAUAUUGUACUUAGACGAGAGUCUAAUAUUUCUUUAGAAGAUGUUAAACAACGUAAAGGUUUUUUACGAGCGGGUUUACAUUUACGUGCGGUACGUUUACAUUUUUCAACUAUUGUUGCUGAAAAUUUACGUCGUUUAUGGCUUUUAAAGAAACACCUUGAAGAGGCUUUACAUAGACGAGAAGAGGUAAAUGGAAAUAUGGGUAGUAUUAUUAUGAGAAGUAGUAGUAGUAGUAUUACUUUAAAUAAUAAUAAUAAUAAUAAUAAUAAUAAUAAUAAUAAUAAUAAUAAUAAUACUAUUGGGAGUAAAUCACAAGGUAUUUCAAAAUUAGAGUUUUAUACAUAUAAAGUGGCUCAGCAUGUGGGUCAAGAUUUAUAUAUUCAUUUCGCCCAAGAUAAUCAAAAUCGUUUUCCUCCGCCUUCUAUUCUUCAUGCUGAUGGCCGUGAUAUCUUGGAGUUUAAUUUUCCCCGUAUUGAAGGACAUGAAUUACCGGCAUCUCAACAUUGUUUUGUUCUUUCCUUUCGAGAGAAUAAAGAGUUUGUGCAUGUUGCCACUACAGGGAGAAGACUUGUGCGAGUUGGUCCUGGUUUAAUGAGUCGGCAUGUACUCGUGGAUGUUAAAGUUUCUCGUGGGCAAAAAUUAGUAGAGUUUCGUACAAAUAUUGGAUUUGAAAAUGAAUUGCCUUUUCCAAUGGAGAUUGGGGGAGUUGGGAUUAUUCAAUCUGGAGAGAAAUUACAUAUUCCUAUUAACGCUUUACGUGAACGUACUUCCUUUACACCAUUAACAGGAAAUAAUAAUAGAAAUAUGGCCUGUUCAUUAGGAGUAAGUUAUGAUAUGCUUUCGUUAUUAUAUGAUCAGAUAUUUUUAUGUAUGAGUAAAGCCGAUCUAAAUAUGAAUGAAGUGGUAGAAUUAGGAAAAUCCGCUUGUGCCUCUGCUUCUCUACAGAAAAGUGUAUUUUUUCUUUUACGAUUUGGACCAAAGAUAUCUAUUGGCAAUUCUAAUGUAUUAGAUUGUAAAGGUACCUUUGAGGCUCCAUUUUUUAUUAUUAAUGGGACUUCACUUCCUAUAAAGGUUGGAUUAAUGUACCGUAAAGUUGGAUCUCAUCAACAUCGUCAUCGUCCUUUUCUUGAGUUUUCCGAUUCUAAUUACUUUGAACAUAUCACAACAUUAGAUAUCGCUGCAGAUGAACGGUGUGGGAUUACUCAAGUUAAUCCAUUAAAAGAUAUUUACAUGGAUGUGUUUAUUGCUCAAGCGAAUGGAGAAGCAUUAGGUCGUGUAUUUGGUGGAUGGAGAAAACGUCAAAUGCCAAUACUUGUUCAUUCUUCUAAAAAACGAGAUCGUGAACAUACAAUGACAUUAUAUGAUUCUAAAGGUUCAUCUAUUAUUUUACAUAUUGAUUAUACAGCCAGAGCUAUUACGAUAUGGUGUCCAUAUUGGAUUGUUAAUCAAACUCCACAUGCUCUUCAAUUUUCAGAUGUUAAAAAAGGUCAUCCAUUAGCAGGAUUACGUAAUGAUGAAGGAAUUCCAUCUGGAUCCUGUACUUCUUAUAUUGUAAAUAGUGAACGAAUGGAAAAAUUAGGUGAUAAGGCUGUUCUUUAUUUACGUAUUGGAAGACAAUCUUCUAAAGGUAUAUUAAAAUGGACUAUGUGGUCUGAUCGUAUUAUGAUGGCUGAACUUAAUGAGUCUGGUAUUGUGAGUUGUGCUUUAUCGAAAAAAGUAUGUGUUUCUCUUACAUAUACAGUUGGAUUUCUUGGUGGUCGUACCAAUGCCACUCGAGUCAUUACAUUUAAUCCUCGUUGGAUUAUUGAAAAUCAUAUGGAUGAUUCUAUUGCAUUUCGUCAAUGUUUAGUGAAAUUAGAUGAUGAAAAUGUUCCUGCAGUAUCUUCUAUUCUCUUAACAUGUGAUCAACAUCAAAUUAUUGAUCUUAGUAGUGAAGGGGAGGUGGCGAAUGCAAUUCAAGUACGUUUACCUGAAAAUGAAAGUAAAGGUAUUCAACCUUCUCAAUGGUCAAAACCUUUAAAUAUUGAUAAAUUGGGAGAUAAAACUUUUAAUGUAAUUUAUGAAACGUAUAUAAAAGUACAAGAUUCAAAACAUGUGCAAAUGGAUGGAGAAACAUUAGUUUCUUUAAAUAAUAAUACUUUUAUUAAACGUUCAGUUUCAGAUGUAUUAAUGCUUUCCUGUUAUCGUAAGAGUAGUAUUAUGCAUGUUGUCUUAUCAAAACCCCAACGACCUCCUCAUGUGAUUGAGAAUAGAACUCGAUAUAUUGUUUAUGUAAGACAACGAGAUGAACUCCAACGAUUAAUUGUUUAUCCUCGUACCACGAGAGGAUUUGCCUGGGAAGAUUUUAAAUCACUUCCGGUAAUGGAAGUAUGGGCUGCAGAAGGUCCAAAUGCCCGUUCACGAUCUAUUCUUAUUAACUUUGAUCCUCAAGCAGUUGUGAAGCGAAGUGAACAAUUACAGCAGGAAUUACAUCUUCCAAGUGGGGAGAUUCUUUUUGUACGUGUACGGGAAUUAGGACGAAUGAGUUAUGCAAUUAGUAUUACAACAGAGAAUACAAUAGAUACCUUUUGUUCACUUCCUUAUUUUCAAUAUUUUUUAAAACUGGAAGUGGAUGGGAUUCAUACAUUAUUUUCUGAUGAACAUGAGGAUUUUAUAUUACUGACCGUAAAGCCCGUUACUGUGUUUUUCUCUCAAGGAGCAGAGACGGAUGGGAAUGGAGAUGAACAGACAUUUGAGUUUUCUCUUCGUGUGAUUCAAAUAGAUGAUGAACGGAAAUGUGCAAAACAAACCGUAGUUGCUCAGCUUGUGGAUGCGAAACCAUCAAUUAUACGGUUUAAACGAAAACUCUCUCGUGUAGCUCCUAUUUUGUUUAUUAAAGAUUUUAUUAUAAAUGUGAGUUCAGUGGAAAUACAUCUGGAAGACUCUUUUCUCUUUCAAGUCAUGAAAUAUUAUGAAGAAAUGCGUGUGGCUCUUGGUGGUGGUGGUAGUAGUAGUGGUAGUGGUUGUGGGAAAACAAGAAGGAUGAAUGAAGAAAAAUUAAGUUAUUUUCCAUGGAUGAAUAAUAAUAAUAAUAAUAAUAAUAAUAAUAAUAAUAAUAAUAUUACUAUUGUACCCAUGAGAAAAAAAGAAACUUCUAAAGAUGCUUGGAAACAACAUAUUAUAUUUAUUGAUCAUGUUCUUUUAGAACAAGUGAUGAUAUCCAUCUCAUUAUAUCGCUCUCCUGGAGCUCAAAAUGAUCCCAUGUGGGAAAGUAUUGGUUAUUUAAGUUUUUUAAUUCGUUCUGUUCGUGAUGCUCGUUUUGUUUGGCGGCGUAUUGAACAAAGAGGUGUAUAUGAAACUUUAUGGCUUCUUAGUCUUUCUUAUUAUUCCUAUUAUAAACAUCAAUUGAUGCAGCAGGUAUCUAAUGUGGUCCAUGUAGCUGGAUUAGAUAUGAUGCGUGGAUUUGUAACGGAUUUACUACAGGGUUAUUUCUCUUCUGAUGGAUUUACACAUAUUGAUCGAACGAAACAACGUGUGGGUCGUCGAUUAGAGGCAAACUUUGCAAAAGAUGAAAGAAAUUCUUUAAUAAGUACAAUCACAACAGAUUCAGAAAUGGGGUUUGAUGAAAACUAUAGAAACACUGCAGAUGAGGAAUUUAUCUUAACAACACGGUUUCCUAUUCCUAUUCCUACUCCUAUUCCUAUUCCUGAUACUGGUACUGGUGUGGAUAGUACAAGUCUUGUAGAAGUGCAGCAGAGAGAGAGAUUAUUAUCAUCAACAUCAUUAUCAUCAUCGUUAUUAACUCCAGCUAAGAUGGUUUUUACGGAGAAUGUGGAAUGGAAUAUAGCGCAUAAUAAUAUACCGAUGGGAAAAGAUAAGAGGGCUAUUGAGGCGGCAUUACUUUUACCUUGGAGUGCAUUUUAUGCUCGUGUGAGUAAUCAUGAACUUCGAGUGUAUGGUAUCUACGCUGUUGAACGCUUUUUACGUACUCUUGACUUUUCUAAUCCAUCCAGAAUGCAAUGGCAGUUUGAAGAUCUAGCAACUGGUGUUGCUGCUGCCUAUGCUUCUCCUUCUGAAAAUAAUAAUAAUAAUAAUAAUAAUAAUAAUAAUAAUAAUAAUACGAGUGUGAGUAAUAAUUCCAUCUCUACAGCCUGGGAAUCCCAUUGGCAAUGUACUCGCUGUGCGGAAAUCAAUCAACUGCGGGCCGAACGGUUUGACUCGGACAGUCUCAGUGCAUUGCCGCACCCGUCGAGUGGGUUGAUUACUUGGGCGGAGUUCACACAUCACAUCUCGUGGAGUGAACUUGUGCAGAUGUGCACAGCGGCGGAGGUGCGGGAGUACGGCGGAGUGGUGCUGCGCGCCUUAGCGGGGGAGCCGCGGAAUGUGAUUCGUGUGGAAGGCACCGCGCGGUGGAUUCUUGGUGAGGAAAAGGAAUAA